UACUUUUUUAUAUUGAUAAAAAUCUGGUAAAAAUAUAUAUUUCGAUAUGUGGAAACCAUUUGAAGCUGGUAGUUCACCAAUUGAUUGGUGUGAACGCAAUUAUAGUAUUUCUUCUAGUAUUGCAGAAUUUAUGAAUACGCUAAGUAAUGUAGUAUUUUUAUUACUUCCACCUGUUCUAAUGCAUCUCUUUAGAGAUUAUGGUCGAUUUGUAAAUCCUGGAAUUCAUAUAAUUUGGUUCUUACUGAUGAUAGUAGGUCUUAGUAGUGCAUAUUUUCAUGCUACAUUAUCCCUUAUAGGACAAUUGCUAGAUGAAUUAGCAAUUUUAUGGGUAUAUAUGGCUGGUUUUUGUAUGUUUCUUCCACGAAGGUAUUUUCCAAAUAUUUUACAUAAUGAUAGAAAACUUCUUGCCAUAUGUGCAACUUUACCAACUCUAAUUGCAACUGGCUUAUCAUUUAUACAUCCUGCAAUAAAUGCAUUUGCUUUAAUGAGUCUUGGUAUACCUGCAUUUGGAUUUAUGAUCAUUGAAUUAAAAAGGACAAAAUCAAUGAGGGUUUAUAGAUUGGGUUUACGAUGUGGUGCUGUAUGGUUAUUAGCAGUUGCUUGUUGGCUGAAUGAUCGUUUAUUUUGUGAUACUUGGCUGAACCUGAAUUUCCCUUAUUUACAUGCACUUUGGCAUUUAUUUAUUUUUAUUGCAAGUUACACAGCAGCUGUACUUUUUGCAUAUUUUUCUGUAAAAGAGGAAAAGCCACAGCAAUCACCAGUACUAAAGUAUUGGCCAAAGAAUGAUUUUGAACUUGGUAUACCAUAUGUAACUAUUAGAAGUUAUGUCAAACUUGAUAUAAAUACAAAUAUAUAAUUAUCAACAUCAAUAUUAUGAAGGCUGUUUUGUAUUUAAAAAAUAAUGAUUAGUGAUUUAAAACGCAAUAUACUAUUUACUUUGCUUAUUUAAAGAAUUUAACUUUGUACCAGUGUUUUUACAAAGAAGAAAUAUACACAUUUUAUAUUUAUCUAUCUUAAUUCGAAGAUAGAUUUAUUCAUUUUUUAAAUUUGUGAUAUUAUUCUAGUUAUUGUACAAAUAUAUGUGAUUAAUAAAUUAGUAAGGUCUGUAAAAAUGCAAUAUUAAGAUAGUGUACAAGAUAUUUAUUCUCUUGAAGUAUGAAAUAAUAUUGUAAUAUAUUUGUGUAAGAAAAAAAGAAAUAAAUGUAACAUCGAGUUAGUGUUCUUCUUUUUAUAA